GAUAACAUGGUUAACUAAUACCUCAAACACUGGUGAGUGUCAUUUUCCGAAAUUCUGAACAAGUAAUCGAUCACCGAAAUGAGCGAAAGCGCUACUGCAGCAUCUGAGUCAGGUGGAUAUAGGCGAAGAGAAGGGGUUCUAGAAUGGGACGAUUACUUUAUGGCCAUUGCCUUUUUGUCUGCUCAGCGCAGCAAAGACCCCGUUACGCAAGUUGGAGCGUGUAUCGUGAACGAGGAUAAGAGAAUAGUCGGUACCGGAUACAAUGGCAUGCCCAAUAGGUGUCCGGAUGACAAGCUACCCUGGGGCAAAGGUGACAAAGACGUCCUCAAAAACAAAAAUCUUUACGUGUGCCAUGCUGAACUCAAUGCCGUGCUAAAUAAAAACUCUACGGACGUUAAGAACUGCACGAUCUACGUGUCUCUGUUCCCUUGCAACGAAUGCGCAAAGGUUAUCAUCCAGUCAGGCAUCAAGGAGAUCAAGUACUACUCAGACAAGUACAAGGACCGCCCGGAAGUCAAAGCCUCUAAAAGCAUGUUGGAUAAGGCAGAAGUGGCAUACAGUCGGUAUCGACCAACCAGGGGCAAGAUUGAGAUAGAUUUUUCUGUGAUUGAAAAGAUGUCACGCGGCGCGUACAUGUAGAGUGCAGUGAACACCCAAACUACUAGCUAAGGCAAACUGGAUGAUCGAGUCGGUACAAGAAAUAUACAUUUCCAUAGACAAUUUGCUCUGAAUUUACAAGUUUGUGAUUAUUUCUUUUUAUGCUACUAGCUGUUGCUGUCAUUGGAUCCAUAAUGAUAUUAAUAACAAUGUGUUUUAUGUUCUAGUAUUUCCGGUGUAAUGGACAAGCUCGAAUGUAAUGGACAAUGUAUGAAAAUAAUAACACACGUGUUUGAAUUGAAAUAAGGGCUUUUAUUUUAGAAUGCCGUUUGUUAUGUUAUAUUUCCAUAUCUGGAUAUCUAAUAAAUCGCACUGCAUGAAUACAAGAAAUAAAAACAAAUGUUU